AUGAAGAAUUCCUACCUGCCAGAAGAUGUUAUAAUGGAUAUCCUGUCAAGACUCCCCGUGAAAACCCUUCUCCGAUUCAGGUGCGUAUGCACCCAAUGGUGCACCUUAAUCUCAUACCCUUCAUUCGCCUCUUUGCACCUCAGCCGCUCCGUUUCCAACCCUACUAGGCACUCCAUUCUUGUUCACAGAUUAUGUAAUCCAUUAAUGUCCUUCGACCCAGUCGCCUUUGCCCCAGUUAAAAAAUCCAAUCUUGCGCUGGAUCAAGCCUAUAAUAUUUACCAGGAAAUUAUUUAUGUAGGCUCAAUCAAUGGCUUGGUUUGUAUAGCCAAGUUCCGUUAUGGUUGGAUCAGUGUAUGGAACCCUUCCACCAGAUUCGUCAAAGAACUCCCACCUACAACUGAAGUUCCAAUAAUGUUUUCCAUUGGUUUUGGUUGGGACCCCGCUGUUAAUGAUUACAAGGUAGUGAGACUUUGUUGUAGACAUAGUAGUUUAAUAACUUGGGUUGAGGUAUGGUCGGCCAGGCCCACUUUACCAUCUUGGAGGAAGAUUAAAGUUGAUCGCAACUUGUAUGUUGGGCGCUUGAUUUGUGAUGUGAUACUGGAGGGAUUCACUUAUUGGAUUGUCGGAAGUGACAGUAAACCUCUUGUCGCUUCCUUUAACAUGAGGUCCGAGGUACUGCGGGUGGUUCCCGUGCCAGAACCUUUACUCGAGGCGCUUCCGCUGCCACACCUUAUACGAUGGCAGAAAACUAUGCUUGGCCAGCAUUCUCCAUUUCUCGCUAUGAAUUGGAAAGAAACUUUUGCUUUGGUAGGAAGUGUAUCACUGGAGCCCAGAAAAACAUAUCAAGUAUGGACAAUGGAAAAUGACACCGUUGGGAAGGAAUCAUGGAGUAAGAAAUUCACCUUUGAACUGGAUACUGAAUUUCGUGUUUUCGUUGGCUCUGUGAACGGAAUAAUUGUACUCAUAAAAGGAAUUGGUGAACUGAUUUUAUAUGACGUCGAAACCAGAGAAAGCAAGACAAUUGAAAGUCGGGAAGUUGAUAGUUUGGUGCUUGGAGCUCACUACUAUGUGGAGAGCUUACUCUCUAUCAAGAGGGUUAGUUGGGCCUCGCUGCUGUGCGAUGGGUUUUCUCUCGAUGAAGAGCUUAAAUCUGCUUGGAGAAAGCAUAUGAGCAGAAUUAACCGGACCUGA